AUGUCCUACCAAGAUUGGAAGCCCGUCGUAUGGACAAAGACUGAGAAAUAUAACGGUCCUAACAAGGAGGCUGCUCUCAAUAAGGCCCGGCGUUCUGGUGUGGAGGUCGAGACUCAAAAGAAAUUUUUAGGAGGUCAAAAUAAAACCACCAAGUCCUUUCUUCCCCCAAAUGCUUCUAAGAUUGAGAACGAAACUGAGUCCUUUCACGUCGAGAGGGUCUCUUUUGCCUUUCGCACUGCUCUACAGAAGGCUCGCAUGGCUAAGAACAUGACUCAGCUUCAGCUCGCCCGUGCCAUAAACGAGAGCGAGACUCUUAUAAAGGAGUACGAGAACGGGACUGGCAUUCCCAACGGCCAGGUUGUUCAGAAGUUAAACCGCGCUUUGGGCGUCAAGCUUCCUCCUUCUCGCGAGCCCAGGGCCAAGUCGCUCGAAUUGUAG